UCCUCCGUUCCCUCUAUUAGGGAGCUGCUUCCUCAGUGGGCGGUGCUUCGCUGUGCUCUCUCCCGCCGGCUAUAUCUCUGAAGGGUUCAGCCACUUCCGAUUCUCCGAUCGCCGCCUGUGAUUCUCUCCCGGUACUCGGUGCUAACGAGGCUCCGCUCACGAAUGUUGUGUAACUGUUGUCUCCUGCAAGCUUGAUUGUGUAUUCUUCCCAUUCUUCCUCCAUGAAUGACUCCGUCCACAGCCAAGAAGGAAAUCUCGGACCGUAUUUAGCAGCAACUAUGGGCCCGAGUGGAAGCAACGGACAACUGGCUCCUCGGACGAUACGUGUGCAGAAAUUUGCUGAGGCUAGAGGCCCUGAACUUGAGAGACUUCACUCAAUUGUUGCCCAGCGGCUUGGCAACAAUUUCCGGUCUCAGAGAAACAAGAGGAGGAGGACCACUUCUCAUGAUAACCAAGCUUCGAAUAGAAGAAGAAGGAAGAGGCAAAAGGGCUUACAAUGUGACAAUCCUGAACUCAAAACCCAAGAAAAGCUUCCUCGCCGCGUUAGGCGUAGGAACGAGCUCAGGAUGAAUCCUCAAAGCGGUUUCUCUACCUCUGGGGAUGGAACGAAGAGGUUGAGAACACAUGUGUGGAAUGCCAAGAGGUUUACUAUGACCAAGUUAUGGGGGUUUCACCUUCCUCUUGGUUUGCAUGGCAGAGGGAGAGGUUCAAGGGCUCUCUUGAAAAGGUGCAGGGAAGGAGUAGUUGUGCAUGAUGCUAGCUACCAUCUUGCUGUCCAAUUGGACGGUCCAGAGGAUUCGUUAAUAUCAAUCUUGAGGAUGGUACUGGUUCCCUCUCCUCGCGGGCAUCCUAUAGAUGGGCGGCCUUCUGUUCUAUGUGGCUCUACAUACGAAAGUGCAAUGCUUCACCACGUUGGAGAACCAACAGGUCGGCCAAUUUGUCCAGUUAUCUGUAUAUGGCGACCUUUGAAUGAGAAGAAUUUAGAAAAUGCUGAACUAGAUUAUUCUGAUAAUGGCCAUACUGAACCACGGAAUAGUGAGGGCUCCAAACUAUUUCGCCAGCUGUGGGUGUGGAUACAUGCUUCAGCUUUUGGAGAAGGAUAUAACGCUUUGAAAUCUGCAUGUCAGAAGGAGAUGGAUGCAAAGAGUAUUUCCAUCAACUGCUUUUCACUCGAGGGUCGCAUUGCAAAAUUAGAACUCAUGGGAUCAGGGGCUUUUCAACUUCUCAAAAAGAUAUUGCAUCCCAUUUCAUGUGUUCCAGGAAAAUCUUUUCAGUUGAAGAAGCAUUCAGAAGCUGUCAGCAAUGAUGACAAGAUGAAGGAUCAUUCGUCUCUUAAAGAGGAGCAAUUUUCUGACUCCACAGUUCUGUCCCUAGUAGUGAAGGACCCAAGGGCAUAUAGGGAGGAAGGAGUUACCGAUGUUAAAUCGGUAACUACUACUAAAGUUGAGUUUACAUCGCCUGUUCAAGUUGAAGAGCAUACAAUACCUUCAGAUGACCAUGGAGUGUCACCCCCUUCAUCACUUGUAUAUCCUGAAAUUGAAGAUUUAUGGGAUGCUAGUAGAGGAAUAAAACCACCAGUGGACGAGAGUGUCCUUUGCCAGGAGAGACAUGACAAGCGUCUGGAAUUUUAUUGCCUUAGUGAUCCAAACUGCAGGACUUCGAGUACUUUGGAAGCCUUUCAGUCUUCAACAUGCCCUAUUAUGCUUCUGAGGAAACACAGCCAAGCACACAGCCAAGAGCACACAUCACUGGGAUGGUUCAUUAUACUCCCCUUGAGUUGGGUCAAGGCGUUUUGGGUUCCUCUUGUUACUAUGGGGGCUCAUGCAAUCGGAUUGAGGGAGAAACGCUGGAUCUCGUGUGAAGCUAGUCUUCCAUAUUUUCCUUCUGAUUUCCCUGACUGCAGUGCGUACACUUCCUUAGUGGCAGCUGAAGCUGCUGCUUCUAGUUCAAAAGCAGAUCUUCGGCCUCGUAAAUUAAGACCUAUGAAAAUUCCCAUUCCACUUCCUUGGAGUACUGUUCAAACUGCUUAUGACGAAGUACCUUCUUUGGAGGGAAAUUCUCAGAUCCCAGCGGGGAGAGAAAUAUAUAACAUGAGGACAUCUCGUGAACUUGGUUUAUUUAAUGAAAGGUUUGGUGGUCAUUUGCUUCUAUUUCCUCAUGGAGUGGGGAAUGAGGGGAGCCUGCAAAAGGCUUUGAUUAAUGAAGUUGUACCGUGCCAAGAUGGCAUAAUUCAAUUCAAGGAUGAAAAGAAGUUAUAUUUCCUUAGAGUCAUUCUGCGCGCUUUCAGAGAAGGUGCUUUUGAAGAAGGAGCAGUUGUGUGCACUCCUCAUUUCUCUGACAUAUCGUUGUGGUCUUCAAGGCCAGAGAACUAUGGAAAAGGACUGCAAAUUUCCGAAUCGGCUGUGGCGUCAUACUUUAAGGAGGAGUCCUCUGGCACAUGGGUCCUCCAAACACCAUUGGACCCGCUUGCAAGGGAAUCUCACCGUCGGGGAAUUGGAUUUGUCACCACAGGGUUCGUCCGAGGGAGUAAGAAGCCUGCUGCUGUGGCUAUCUGCGAGGCAACCUCGCUAGCUCGACUCAGAGCAGAGCAAUGGAGUGAAAUGCACGUGAAGCGGAGGAAGGAAGAAAUAUAUGUCCUGGUCCGGAACUUGAGGUCAUCUGCUUAUAGGCUUGCUCUCGCCACAAUUGUCUUGGAACAUCAGAAAGAAGAUGUAAAGUCAUUGUAAUCAGACUUGUUAAUAGGUAGAGAUAAGAUGUCUCGCCACAGUUGUCUUGGAACAUCGGAAAAUGUGAAGCACAUUGAAAUUGGCCUCGGUUUUUGCCAUAACACAGGAAAGAGAUAUCGGGUUAAAGAGACUUACCAAGUGGAUGGAUGCUGGUGGAAUCAACUCCUUGGGUCCAAUGGAGUCGCUUAUUUCAUGCGAGAGGAAUGUACUUUUUACUGAACUCGAAGAAAUAUUUCUUGAAAAUAUCUAAUUGACUGUAUUAAUUUAUUAGUUAAUGGAAUAUUCUUCUCUAUUUUCCGGAGAAUUAUCUUCCAAUAAAAGAAAUUGGGAAUUUAUUACUGUA